UCUGCUCGUGAUGCCUACUGUAAUCUCGUGCCAUGCCAACCCUAACUGCGCUGACAACAACUUCAUACAGUAAGCACUUGGACUGGGAGCCGCGGCUGUCAGGUUACACAGAGCACAUUGGGAAGCGAAGUCUGUCAGUGCUUGUGUUCCCUCGCUGUUGACCUUGCAUUGCCAUCAUUCGCGCCGAAGCUCGCUCCAAGUCGAGGUGGAGCGGAAUCGGAGUCGAGCUGCUGGCAGCAUGGGCGCGGAGCCGGACUUGCAGCGGGAGUCGUCGCUGGAUGAAUCAGUGCGAAUAGACGAUGCGUACGACGACGACGUGGAGUCGCAAUACGCGUCGGUCAGCAAGACGAUAGCAGCGAGCGCGCACUACACGUCCGUGCGGCAGCUCUUCACGUCGCCCGCCGACUACGACCCGUCCCAGGAGACACACUACGUGCUCGUGGUGCACGGCACGUUCGACGCGCCGCCCGCCAAGGGCGCCCCGCCGCCAUGGUAUUUCCUAGACACUGAGAGCGCGGGCAACUUCUGCCACGUCAUCGCCAAAGACCUCCAGCCCACGCCGCUCGGCUUCGACGCCGUCUGGCGCACGCUGCCGGACUCGCGCGAGGCGAUGCGGCUGCGGGAGAACGUGCCGUACCCGUUCCACUGGUCGGGGCAGAACACGCACGACUCCAGGGUGGCAGCGGGCAAGGCCCUGGCGCAGCUGAUCAACGCCAUUGGCAAGGCGGACCCGUCGGCGCGCGUGCACAUAGUGGCGCACAGCCACGGCGGUAACGUGGCGCUCAAGGCCGUGUCCAAGUACCUCUCCAUGCUCCGACGCGAGAGCGGGCGCUCCUACAACGACCAGAUCACAGCCGCCUUCUGGGAGGCGCACGCCGAGGGGUACCGGGCCAUCCGCGAGCACCAGGAGGUGCAGCUGCCCGCGGUGUGGAUGCUCUUAUUUGCGCCCUUCCUCGUUGUCAAGCGGCCGUGGCGGGGCGAGGAGGCGCUGGGGGCCUUCCCCUACGCCUACUUCAAAUCGCUUGACUCGCUGCUCCGCCUCCCCAAGGCACGGCAAGCCAAGUAUCUGCGCAAGAAGUGGGCGGGCGGCGCGAGCACCAACUGCGUGGGGCGCAUGGUGUUCCUGGGGACGCCCUUCUACACCAAGCACUGGGACAAGCAGGCCGCGCUCACCAUGGCCGGCAGCAUCGUCGGCCUCUCCGUGCUCGUCUUCGUCGUCAUCGUGGGCGCCGUGGUCACGGUCAAGUACGCCAUCUUCAGAGAGAUCAACACCGCCGAUCUCACGGGGAGAGAGCUGACGUUCUGGGUGACGGUGGCGGUGGUGUCGGUGGCCAUGGUGGUGUACAACACGCUCAGCAGCAAGCGCUACAGCGACGGCAACGUCUACUUCACCGAGAAGAAGGCGUGGAGCCCCGCCAUGCGCGCCCUCGUGCUCAACGCAGGGAAGCUCGACGAGGCCGCACUCGCUCUUUCUACUGAGCCCCUCGUGCGCGCGUACAUGAUGCCGCAGGUCAAGGCCAUGCUGACCCCUGACCCCUGGCGCAUGCUGCGGCCCUUCCCCGCCAAGACGUGGCCAGUGACGCUGGCCAACCUGUACAACAACUGCUGGGUGGUGCUGUGGGCGGUGGUGCUGGCGGUGCCGUACGCGCUGCUGUGGCUGCUCAACUUCCUGCUCGUGCCAUACUUCUCCAACCAGCUGCUACGCCUCUUCAUCACGCUCGGCUUCGGCCUGCAGAAGAACGAGCUGGACUGCGCGCAGGUGUACGUGGAGGAGUGGCUGCGCCUGCCGCCCGCCACACACAGCAUCACGCAUUGGAACGUGCAGAAGAUCCUCACCGCCGCCACACUCGACCAGCUCAAGGACCUUCGAAAACGAUCCAUCAUCCCCGGCGAGGCGGCGGCGACGGAGGAGGCGCUGAUGGAGGCGCAGUCGCAGGUGGUGGACCCCCACGCCAUCGCCAUGCGCUGGCGCUUCCUCUGGGAUGACGAGGAGUUGGAGAAGAAGGCGGCGGAGUCGACGACGCUGGCGCUGCUCAAGAGCGAGGUGGCCAAGAUGGCGCACAACCCGCGCAUCUCGAGAGUGGCGUUUGAGCGCGAGCUGGCGCUGGUGUGCGUGACGCUGGAGGAGCGGUACAAGGACAUGACGGGCAACGUGGAGCUCUCGCACGGCAGCUACUUCCGCAACCACGUGGUGAUCGCCGUGAUCGCGCACUUCCUGGCGCACGGGGACGUGCCCAGCUGGGCGCCCUCGCUGGGCGAGAUGACCCCGCCCGACCUCGACAAGCCCAAGGACGCGUGGAAGGGCCCGCUCUCACGGCUGUUUAGUAGACGAAUCACGCCCACCACAUCCGAGAUGAACGAGCAAUGACGCACGGAGAGGCGCACAGACGCCAUGUGUAUACGGCAGCAAUGCAAGUGCUGUGCUGUCAGUGUUUUUGGGCUCCCUGCUCUCAUGUGGUCAGGUCAGCUGGCGCGGAGCAGACGAGGGCUUCCAGCCCACUGAGAGCAGGUGGCUAUACGUGUUGCAGGGGUCAUAAGGCCGUAGUAUGGCCAGUGGGUGGAAUGUGCAUGACGCACUUCACUGUAUUAAUGUUA